AUGAUGCGAGUAACAGACGCCGAAAUCCUUACCGCCAUCGCAAACAUUGACGAUGAAGCCUCUCAAAUCGACACCAUAAUGUCGAUGCGCCGCUGCUUCGGACCCAACAAGGACGAUAAAUUCUACCCUAUAGUUCACGACUACCUCACCAACAACCUCGACGUCAACGAAACCACCCGUAAACUCCUCUCUCCCAUCAACGCCGCCGUCCAAGCAAAUGAAAAAGAGCCCAGCACCUACUCCCUCUGGUACCCCAUCAUCCACUCCGCCAAACGCCUUCCCUUCCGCGACAUCACCGGCCUCCUCAAACUCGUCGCCCUCAUGGACACCAUCAAGUCUUCCCCUGCACCCCCAAAUGCCCCAGAACAAGACAGAGACACGUACAGCGCACUGCUCCACUUCAGCAUGUGCGCCCGUGAAACUCUAAAUGACACCCCGGGUUACGGCUGCGGCUACCUCCCCCAAGAAGCCCACGCCUACGCUAACAUGCUGUAUUUCUACGCCCUACUAACCCGCGAAAACGUCUACACGUGCUGGAUCUACUGUAUCUGGACCAUGCGGCCCGCGCUCGAAACAUUAUAUGCAGACGACGAUCCAGAAGACGUAAGUACACCAGCAACAGUGUUGGAAAAAUACAACGCUUUUGUUCCGGCAGCUGCCAUCUGGAUCUUCGCCUUAGGCAAGCAGAUUUACGAGAGAGAAGAGGAUCUUACGCCCAUGAAUCCGAAUCAGGGGAACUCGGGGGGUGGCGGGGCGUUGUGGGAGGGGAGGGCCGAGUUCAGUAAGGGGAGAUGGGGGCUGUGGAAGAAGAGGUUUGGUGAGGUGGCGGGCAUGGAGGGGGUGAGUGUGGAGUGUAGAGCUAUUGCUAGGGAGGCGGAGGUGGCGAUGGAUGAGAUUGAGAGGGCGUGA